AUGUUAUUUAUGGCCCUACUAUCAGUUUUGGUUUUAACUACUGUUCGAUAUCGUUUAUUAAAAGAUAAAAAUAAAUUUAAAAAAGAAUAUAUGGCAUUACUUAUUAAUACCAAUAAAAUGAUUGAAAUGGUAGUGCCGAUAAACCAACAAAAACAGCAAUUAGUUGGGCAAUAUGCAGUAAAAAUUCGAACAGAAACAUUUCAUUCAAGUCUUGAUACAAAUGAAGAUUAUUAUGAAUCUAUAUUAUCGACGAAUGAUCUGCCUUAUUAUUCAGUUCGUGAAACAAUUUUUCAACCGUAUCCUAAAGCUACCCGUCAACUGAUUUCUGAUUCGAAAGGCGCCGUUUUUUCAACUGAACCUGAAAUCAAGUAUAUCUAA